AUAACAGAGGCCUCAAACCUGCCGGUGGAGGUCGGCUGUUAUAAAAACCUAGCUAGGGGCUGUUACUCUCACUGACUUGCGUCGUCUGGAGCCAGAUCCAACAUGAACAAACUUCUGUACUUACUUCCCUUCAUUGUGGCUGGCAUAGCCGAGCCCAUACAGUACAAAGACUGUCCUAAUGGAAACUACUACCACGCAUCAGCUGUGGAGCUGAGCCCAUGCCAGACACAGCCAUGCACGUUUAAACACGGGGACACCGUGACCGUGAAAAUAUCUUUUGAUGCAGCUGACGACACGGCCGCCCUACAGAGCAAAGUCUUUGGAAUUGUGGAAGGUAUUCCAGUACCGUUUCCCUUACCCAAUCCUGACGGAUGUAAAGACAGUGGAAUAACUUGCCCGUUGGUCAAAGGACAGUCCUAUGUGUACACGUCAUCCUUUAAGGUGCUGGACACUUACCCAAAGAUCGAUCUAGUUGUCAUGUGGCAACUGAACAGUGCAAACGACGGGAACCAAGUCUGCUUUACCUUCCCAAUGUCCAUCGCAGAUGGCGCUUCCGUCGUUGGUUAACUCGCACAGAUGGCGCUGCUGUUGUUGGUUAACUAGCACAGAUGGUGCUGCUGUUGUUGGUUAACUCGCACAGAUGGCGCUGCUGUCGUUGGUUAACUCGCACAGAUGGCGCUGCUGUUGUUGGUUAACUCGCACAGAUGGCGCUGCUGUCGUUGGUUAACUCGCACAGAUGGCGCUGCUGUCGUUGGUUAACUCGCACAGAUGGCGCUGCUGUCGUUGGUUAACUCGCACAGAUGGCGCUGCUGUCGUUGGUUAACUCGCACAGAUGGCGCUGCUGUUGUUGGUUAACACAUGAUAUAUAACAAUGUUGGCUGGAUCUGUAUAAUAACUACAUACCGGAGUUUUAAUUUAAAAUAUAUGUACAUGAAAUCUUCUAUAUAGCAAAUCACUUUGUAAUAAACUUUAAUAAUAUA